AUGGCAACGCUACAAAAUCCAAUUACAGGAGCACUGCUCACACUGCUUCUCGCCGUUGCCCUGUGGUCUCUUCUCCAAGGCCUGCUACGGAAUAUUCAGCGCCGACGGCUUGCGACGCAAGCAGGCUGCGAGCCUCUCCCAUCUGUAACGCAGAAAAGCUACCUCUUUGGCCUAGAUCAGGGUUUGGAAUACCUCAUCUCCAUCGCGGCCGGGAAGCGUAAUCUCCCUUUGAUGGAAUUGUUGGGCAGCCUGGGAAGCACCCACAGUCGCCAAGUCUAUCGCACUAGAGAGAUCGUGACCGCGGACCCGGAGAACAUCAAGACUGUCCUCGGCACUCGAUUUGCGGAUUACGGGGUGGAAGAUGUUCGAAUGUUCUCCGUCAAACCUGUUCUCGGGGCUGGUGUGAUGAGCAUGGACGGCCAUGUAUGGAAGCAUUCGCGAGCCGUGGUUCAAAAGCUCAUGGCUCGCUCUCAAACAGCAGACCUCUCGUGGCUAGCGAAACAUGUCGACAACCUUGUCGCUGCUCUUCCCAAGGACGGCAGAACCAUCGACCUGCAGUACUGGUUUGCGAGGCUCGAGCUGGACUUCUCCACCGAAAUGAUGUUCGGAAGUUCGUUCGGAAGCCUCACUGGUGACAUGUCUCCCGAGGCGGAUGGAUUUGUCGAAGCAUGGAAGUUGGGCCAGCAGGGAAUGGGAGAACGGCGUCACCUACCACGGUCCAGCCUGUUUCAUUGGAAUCGUGCCUUUUGGUCGUCAUGUCGUACGAUUCACACAUUUGUCGACAAGGCAAUACUCRCGGCGAWCCAAAGGCAGAAGAAAGACCCGCAGAGCGCUGCUCGCAAUGUUAUGGCUUUCGAGCUCGCUGCUCAGCUAGAGGACCGUAUUGCGAUGCGUGAGCAAUUGUUGAAUGUGUUUCUCGCCGCUCACAACACUACAGCAAUUUUCAUGUCGAACGUGUAUUUCUGCCUAGCACGAUACCCGGCCGCUUUUGCCAUUCUGCGGGAAGAGGUGGAAUCUGUUGGUGAAAGUGACAUCAAUGCCGAACGCUUGAAGAGAAUGCCAUAUCUGCAAAAUGUUCUCAAAGAGACGCUCCGCAUGCACCCACCGUUAUCCACGACCACAAGAGCAGCAGUCAGAGAUACUAUUCUCCCGCAAGGCGGCGGGGAUUCUAAAAAGGCCCCUGCGCUGGUUCGCAAGGGCGACUUCAUCGUCAUAAGCUUCUACGCACUCCAUCGCAACAAGGAGGUGUUUGGCGAUGAUGUCGACACCUUCCGACCAGAGCGAUGGGACAGCAUUCGACCGCGUUCGUGGGAGUAUAUGCCCUUCGGAGGCGGACCGCGCGUUUGUCCAGGGCAGCAGCUGGCCAUUAUAGAGGCUGGGCUCAUUCUGUUCAAAAUGAUGAAGGCAUUUGGAGGGAUUGAGAAUCGCGAUCCGAUCUGGGAGUUUGUGGACCGGUACAAGCUUGUGACGGAGAGCAAGAAUGGCGUUAUCGUUUCUCUGAAACCGACCUUGGGGGAGUAA